CAGAGUGAAGGGAGUAAUAUAGAGCAGUGUCAUCUCUCCUGUGGAAAUCUGUGGGUGUUGAGUGGCACUCCACAUAGGGGGGUGACGCCAUGCUGGACCUGCUGCUGUUUCAUCUUUACCUGCUUGUGCGAGAGAGAACAACCAUUUUAACCGUUGCUGAACCUGCUGAAAUGGCUUACAGGAUUACUUCAUAGGCAGUGCCAUAGUUUGGAGGCUUUUGGCGCAGCACACUGCGAUGAGGAAUACAUGCCCAAAGGUGUAGACUGACUAGGAAGAAUGCAGAGAGCAAGUUCCUCCAAUGCAAGCACCAAAGUUAGGGAUGACUUUCAACGUCCAGUGUCCCGGUUCUCCAGUGUGACUUCAGCCACUCCGGCUAAAAGAAUCACUUUCUUUAAGAGCGGCGACGCCCAGUUCAGCGGUGUCAGGAUGGCAAUUCAUAAGAGAAGCUUCAAAUGCUUCGAUGCCUUGUUGGAUGACCUCUCGCAGAAGGUGCCUUUGCCGUUUGGUGUGCGGACCAUCACCACACCCAGGGGCACUCACUCCAUUCAGCGCCUGGAGCAGCUAGAGGAUGGAGGAUGCUACCUUUGCUCUGAUCACCGCUAUGUUAGGCCAAUUGAUGUGGAGGCUGCAGGGAAAAGACCGGCUGUCUGGCACCACAGCCACCCAAAUAAUACCCGGAAAAAGCCCUCCCGACCUGAGGAACGCCCUACAGGCCAUUCUGGCCAGCACCACCAUCGGCAUCCAAAGAGGAUUGUGCUAGUGAAGAACAGUGACCCUGCAGUAAGAAGGUCUAUCAUCUUAAGCAGGAGGACAGCUCGUAGCCUCCGUGUCUUCAUGGACGAGAUUUCAGAGCUCAUGCAAUGCCAUGUCAGGAAAUUAUACACAUUGGACGGACGGAAGAUUGACAGUGUUCAGAGUCUGAUGCAGUGCCCCAGCGUGCUUGUGUGUGUGGGCCGGGAAUCCUUCAAGCCCCUACUGCUGGAGAACCUGAGAAAGCACUCGGAAGAGAAGUUGCCUGGAAUGGGCACAAGGUCCCACUCCAGUAUUUGCAGUGAGGGCCAUGAAAGCAAGAAGAAUGUGAACUUUGGUUUGGAGACCAAGAAAAGCAUCAUCCAUCCAAGAUCAGAUUCUAGCAACAGAUCUACGAGGUUCUCUCUCUCCUCAGAAAAAUCAUACACAAAUGGAUUAUGCAUGACACCAGGACAGUCUGGUUGCGUUAGCACCUGCCCCUACACAAAGGACAUCAUACUGAAUGAUGAUAUUGAAAAAAGGGUCCUCGUUAACAAAGAUGGCAGCCUAUCCGUGGAGAUGAAAGUUCGUUUCCGACUAGUUAAUGAUGAAACUCUUCAGUGGUCCACUGAAAUCAAGAAGUCUGCAACAAACUUAAAUGAAAGUAGUUCUGUAAAGGAGGGAGAGGCUCAUUAUCUUCAAGGCAAAGCUGAAAACUCUGAUCCAGAGUCCAACUCUGCAUGUGAGGCUGAGGAGACCUGUGCUCCAAAGCUCCAUCAAAAGCAUGUUGAAGAAUCACACUGUCAGAACUGCUGCAACCACUGCCAAGAGUAUGACAUUUGGAAAAACCCCAUGCACAAGGACAGUCGAGACAAUGGAGGCAGGAAGUCAUCAAGUUCUAGUGCAUCAUCUCACACAAUCAUGCACAAAAAGGCAUCUGUGGAUAGUGUGCGCACAAUCUCCAGGUCCAGUGAGGAGUACACUGAGCAUGUAGUAGAGAAGGCAUUGUGUUUUCAACAGACUGUUGAAGAAGGAGAUACUAGGGUUGAAUAUUGUUCAAUAAGUCGCUGUUGCAGCCACAGUGAGACAUCAGGUACAGCCUCAAAAUUAAAGAGUAGGAGAUCCAAUGAGGAUACCCAUGAGACAAAUAUUGUAAAUAUAUGUCACCAUAAUGGUGUCAAAAAGACAAAUACUGCAUUUGAAAACACAAGUAGUGAUCUGGGUGCUUUUGAAGUCCGAAAAGCAACAGAGGAUCGUCCAAUUUCUGCAGUCAGCAAUUCAUCCAAAGUGCUUGAGUCUCUCAAAGAGGAUCAGGAUGAUGAUUAUGAUGACCUUCCUCCAAGUGCAUCAAGAGCAUCUGAAUGGUCUCAGAGUGACAAUGUUGAUCAUGAACACCACUUCACAUGUGUACACUGCUACGGUGGUGAAGCAUCACCAAAUUUCCAUUUAUCCCCCAGACCACCCAGUAAGGUCUCCAGCUGCUCUGCUCCUUCAUCAAAGCACAAGAAAUACAGAAGUAUGUAUCGAACCCCUGACAGUGCCAGAUCUUCAGUUUCCCCAAGGCCUCCCUGCCAAUGUGGAGCAGCAACACCAGGCUCAAUUGCGUCUGACCUGCAGAACGGUUUAGAUGAAAGAAUUCCAAUUACAUCUAAGAGUAGCACAGUGUCUAAUAAAUCUAAAGCAAGAACAAAUUCCCUUAAUGCAGCAGUGUUAGAUAUACAAGUUGCUCAAGCAUGUGGGGAGGGAACAGAGAGUGAAGAUGGAUCUAGAAGUGCCAUGUCAGCAAAUGCUAGUGUCUCAGGAAAAUCUAGAAAUUCCAUUGUAUGCCCUUAUUGCAGUGGAUGUGAAAAAUCAAGACUAUCAGAAAAUACUCAGGAUAUAAAUGCUCAGGAUCCUUACAAAGAUACUGAGGUUAAGUCCAUUGGAGGCCGAUCAUCUAAGUCUCACAGAUCUGAAAGAUCAAACAAAUAUACACAAGGAGCUUCUCCUGUUUCCAAUGUCACUGAGAAUGGUGAGCCUGUCUCCUAUAAUCUAGUAGAGACAGAAGACAUACAAGGUUGCUCUGAAAGUGCAUUGUCUGGUUUAUCCCAUCCUUCUGCUACUUCAAAAAAAUCGAAUAAAUCAAACCGGACAGCAUGUGGGAGGUCCUCUGUUGCAGAAUCCGUGGUUUCUGAACUUGCUAAAGUGGAGGACAUAGAAGAAAGAACCAAAAGUGCCAUGUCAGUGAAAUCAAAUGCCUCUGCAAAGUCAAACACAAGCAGUGUCAUACCAGAAGUAUCAACAACUUUGGGACUGGAUGAUCAAAAAGCUGAAGAAAUUAGCCAAGAUGAUAGAGCAGUCAGUCCAUUGUCACACAAAUCUAACAGAUCCAGAUCUUCAAACAGAUCAUGUUGUUCAAAUUCUAAAAAGACAAUGAUACCUGAAUGUACUAACAAUUAUUUAAUAAAAACGCUUCACGACAAAGAGUCAGAAAGAGGAGACAGUCCUGUAUCGACUGCAUCAGCUAGUCAUGGACAAGAACCAGAGACAAUUCAGGAAACGCGAGUGGAUAGUGCCAUGUCAGUGACCUCAAAUUCCUCCUCCAAGCAUCCAUCCAGUGUUUUGGGAACAUCAGGGAUGUCUGCCAAAUCCCCAGAUGAGAUGGUAGAAAAAGGUGUUUCUCCAUUACUUACUGCACCAGAAACAAAGCUUGACAAAGAUACAGGGAUAUCCAUGCAGGACAGAGCAGCUAGUUCAAUGUCAAAUACCUCUAAAACAUCUAAGAAGUCAAAUGCAUCCUCAAGAAAUUUGGAGUUGGUGCAGGAAAAUGAAAAAUGCACCAAAUUAAAUGAAGCUCAGAAUGCUGCUGUCCAACCUAGUACAACAUCAGCUAAAACACACUCUUCCACAGGAUCUCGUAGGUCUAACAAAUCAGAUAACAUUCCAGAUACUGAAGCUACCUCACAACCCAGAGCUACAAGCCCGGGUACAGAGAACAUUCAAAAAAGUAUAGAUUCAGAGAGGCCAUCAAGUGCAAUCUCUAAGAGCUCAAAGGUUUCAGUUAAGUCAGAUGCAUGCUCUGAGAGAAUUUCAAAAUCAGCAUUAAAGCCAAAUGGACAAGCAAAAGAGGACAUAAAGGGCAGUGUACAAAAUAGCUUAACAGUGAGUUCUCCAUCACCCAAGAGGAGCAAAAGAGUUCCAGUAUUAGGCACACCAAAAUCACCUGUUCCUCCUGGGAGCAAUGAAAGGGCACCAAGUGGAAUAUCUGUGAAUUCUAUAGCAUCUUCAAAAUCUUCAAGUUCCAAAAAGUGUCACUGCUCCUCAAACAGUCAUGGAAAAGAAGCAAACCCAAAGAAACCUCCAGUUAAUGAUGAAUGUGUACACAGAGUAGCAAGCAGUCUGUCUGGAAAAUCUAAAUCAGCAAAAUCUCCCACUCCCUCUCCAUAUGGCCAGUCAGAUGAACCACUAAGUCCAACAUCAACAGCCUCAGUCUCUCUCCGACUUGGUGAGGAACAGAAAUCUGAUGACCUAAAUGAAAGAUCCAUAAGCAGCAUGUCACAAACCCUACAGGAGAGUGAAUGUCCAUUAGAAAGGUCUACACCUGAACCAGAUCCAGCUGUGUCAGAUCACGUUGCUGACAGCAGUGAAACCAGGAAGAGGGCCAAAACAUCUGUAACUAUGAGUUCUGCAGUUUCAAAGAAUUCACAAAGGUCUUCUGUUUCAAAAGGGCUAUGCAAGAGUCCCGAACGAGCUAUCUCACCUGCUUCUGUAGGAAAACCCGAAAGUGUUAUAUCAACUAAAUCAAAGGCAAAAAGCAAGGCAGGGAGCCAGUUAGAUGAUGGCUGUAAAGCCUCACAACCUCAAGCAGUUGCGGAAAACAAUAAUAUUGAUGAGAGUCAAACAGACAAAGCUUCUGCAACAUCUGGGUGUUCUACAAAAAGUGGUCAAAAUAAAGUAGUCUCUGGAAAAGCUUUGCCCACUGAAACUACUAAGCCUAAGGAUCAGGGAUCUGAAAAAAUUAAGAAAACAUCCUCCUCAAACCUUAAAAUAAAGGGAAGCAAGAUAACAUCUGAUCAUAACAGUGAAGCUAGCAGUGUUAAGUCUCUUAAAACCUCCAAGUCAGAUAACAACCUUGAUGACAAAGAGAAGCAGACAUUGAGGACUUCAGUCAUGUCCGAUAUACCCCAAAACUGUAGAGAUCCUUCAGAUGAAAUGCCAAACAAAAAUGUGAUGCCAAUAAUACAUCUUGAUUCCUCGAAUGACAGCGUUUUGUCUCACACUCUCUCAGCAGCAGAUCUAUUACGGGAGAAGGUUGGCAAUGCAAGACCAGAUAGCAAAGGAUCACAUACGUCAGGCAAAAACUGUGACCUUGAAGAGCUGAUGAAUACUGGCAGUAAAUGUGAAAAGAAGAGCACGUCUAAACAAAGGAAAAUAAGCACUUCAUCACAUAACAAAAGUAAAGAUCAGGGUAUAGAAGUGAUGCCAUCUAGUUUACCUAAUGCAUCUCCCGCAGAGGUAAUAAAUGACUGGCUUAAAAAUAUACCAGUUGAUGGCCCUAUGUAUGAAAUGGAAGAUGAAUUUAAUGAGGAACACUAUGAAGCAGUCCCUCAGAUAGUUACUGUAAAUGAAGAAGAUGAGGAGAGCUCACAAAAGGAAAUAGGAGAAGUAGCUGAUAAUGUAAUGAAAAUGAAAGAUUCUCAGGAAAUUGAGUGGGCUGAAGGCGGGGAUCCUAUUAAGGAGGACAACAGUGUCAUCUGUAAUGAAACACAGGCUUGCAGUGAGACAUCUGAAACUAAUGCAGCUAACACUGAUCCUAGUCCUCCACCAAAAUUUACCAAGAAAGAGGGUUUACCAAAACGCUGUCACUCCUCAGUUCAGGUCAUGAAGGUCCUGUUAAGCCCAAAACUGGACAGAUGUAACAGUUUGCCCGAAGUUUCACCUGUAUAUGGCAGAAGAUUAAGCACAUCAGCCAAAGGACUACUAGACUGCCUUGCAAAUCUGCAGUUGAUUGACCCAGAUCCAAAAAAUGGCAAAGAGGACAAAUAUAACGAAAUAAUAAGUAUCCUGCAGUCACUAUGGAUCAGUCAGCCCUCUGAAAGUGAGCAAGACAAGCAUAACAUAAAAGAUCAGUGCUCUGCUGAAGAUGAAUUUAACCCAAGGUCUUCAUCAGGUGUAGAUGUCAGUAGUGGCUCGAUAGGCAGUAUCAAUGGAGGAGUUGAAAAGUCAGAAACAGCAGGUAGAACAGCACCUGUUAUUGAACAAGAGGCUUUUCAGGUUCAAGUAGACACUGUAAAGGAAGGCAAAGAUUACCCUUCAUCUGCUUCACUAGAAAGUACAGAUGCAUCACACAUUCCUUCAGAAGCUCUCACUCCCGAUAUUGCUGAGAGAGUGCGAUGCAGUCCAGAAGAUGAAAAACCAGAGGAGGAACUGCCAAUAGAUGAAGACUCUCAUGCCAGAGAGGAGGCCACUCAAAGUAAUGAAAAUCAAAAGGAAAUCACUGAAGCAGAAUUAUCUAACACGAGCUCUGAGAAUGACAGUAAUGAUUUGAAAUCACCUGCUGAUAAAGAAACAGAUUCACCAGAGAAUGAUAACUUGGAAAUGCCCACAUCUGCUCAGAGAGGUAUAUUAACUAGGAGAGUUUCACAAGACCCAGAUCCGGUUUGGGUGCUAAGCUUGCUGAAGAAACUAGAAAAGCAGUUUUUGUCUCACUAUGCAAAUGCAGUGGCGGAGUUCAAAGUAAAGUGGGAUUUAGAUGACAGUGAGAUGCUUGAUAAAAUGAUCAGUGAACUGAAAGAAGAGGUUCAAAAAAGGAUACAAUCCAGUAUAAAUCGUGAGCUCCAGAAAAUCCAAAGUCGAGCUGGUAGACCACCGAGACCGCCUAUAAGUGCUCUGUCUAGGGAUUCCACUGUUCAAACAGAACAGCGGCGAAGACGGCUAAAAGUUAUGCGUGACAAAUCGAUCAAUCCCUCCGUAUCAAGAAGUGAAGACAUGAACACUGCCUCAGGUACUGAGUUCAGUGACCAGCGCAGUGAGGAUGAGUACUGUCCAUGUGAUACAUGCUUGAAAAAGAAGAUGGCAUCUAGAGCUGUUCAACGUGCUGAAGCUCUGAGCUUGGCUCCAGUCCUGAAGGACUUUGAUCUUAGGAAAAUCUUGCAAAAAAAAAAGGAUCCUCCUGCUACUAUGGCAACAGAGUCACAGGUGGAAGGACAAAAAAAUCUCAAAGAAGCUACCAACAGCAGCGAUGUUCAAAACAAUUUGGAUGUGGUUCAUGAGGAGUCAGAGGUACAUCAUGAUGUGAAGAGUCAGACAGAUGAGAAUACAGUGGAGGUAGAAGGUACUGCUGAUGCAACUCAGACAAAAGAUGAAAACACAGAAGAGGAUGCAACUCUGGCCUCUAAGAAUCAGGAUGUAGAUGCAGGGUUAGUUAAUGACAGAGGACUGGGAGAGGACGAGGGAUUAUAUGAUGAUGGGAAUAAAGCAGAAAAGGAGAACUCAGCAGAAGAUGGUAAGAUUGAAAAGGAGGAAGACAGAGCAGAGGAGGGAGAAACUGAAAUAGAAAGAGCUGAGGAGAAUGUCCAAGAAGAAAAGGAAACAGAUGACAAGGGGGAGGAAGAAGAGAACAAAGAGGCUUCUGUAGCUGUUGAUGGAGAUGCAGAAGAUGCAGACGAUAGAGAGGCAGCAAUGGAAGAGGACCAACCUGAGAAGGAAGCCACAGAAAUAGAAGAAAUGGGGAAUAGUGAGUAUGGGGAUGAAGGGGAAACAGCUAAAGAAAGAGAAGCAGCAGAAGAAGCAAGGACAGCUGAAGAAGAAGAAGUAGAGGAUAUUGAAGAGAAAAUAGAGACAGCAGAGGAGGAUGAAGUGACAGAGGAUGGAAAGGGAGAAGAAACAGAAUCAGCCCAUGAAUCAGGAGAACUUGAGAAUGUAAAAGAAGCUGAGAAUGACAUGGAUGAAACCACUGAAGGUGAUGCAAAAGAUGAAGGUGAUACCACAAAUAAGGAUGAGGAUGGGGCACCUGAUGAGGAUGAUGGGGAAAGGAACCAAGGUGCAUCUUCUCAGGAAGAAGAUGAGGAGGCAGAUGAGGAUCAGACUGAAACAAAUCCUGACCAGGUUAAGACCGAACAAGAAGAGCAGCAGGUACCUUCACUGACAGCCUCUGAGGAGGUGGAAGUGCAAGCAGAAGGGGAAGACUGCAGGUCUGAUGAAAAGCAUCAGAAUGACACAGAAGACAAAAGUACUGAAGAAGCAAAGAACCAAGACAGCGAAAAGGGGGCUGAAAACAAAAAAGACAAUUCUGUCAAGGGUCUUACUGAGCAGUUCAAGUCUGAUGGCACUGAGGUAGACAUAUCAGGCCAAGCCUGCAGUGAGAAUUCUGGCCAUAGACUUAUUAAACAACUAACAAAAACAUCAGUAGAAUCCCAGCCAGGAUCAAUGGAAAAUGCCACAGAACAGAAAGUACAAGCGAAGCUAAAGGAUAUUCGUAGUUUUAUGGAAAGCUCGGAGAGCCAAGAAGACAGCAUAGUUGUGAUUACCAAACAGUCUCCUUUCACAGAGAGAAGAAAUGUGACUAGUAGGCCUGGCAACAAAGAGGAAGUGGGGAACGAGGUGAUUGAAUGGCAAGUUUCACCUAAGAGAAGGAACAGAUCUCCAGCAAGGGCCAAUAAACAAAGGAGGCCAAAAGACAGUGAAGUUAAAGUGGACGAUCUAGAGUUCUGAUCUCUGAUUUGACGUUAAUUCCUCACUUUAAGCACUUUAUUUUUAACGACUGCAUGAUAUUUCUUCAGUAAUUGAGAUGUCUCCUACUGAGACGCUUAUCUCAGAACAUAUCAUAAAUAUGAAAAAAUCCUUGUAUUUAAAACGGUAUAUUGUAAUAUUAUAUGUAUAAUAUUACGUGUAUACAGUAGAUAGUCAAGUGUUAUUACAAAUUAUUCACUUUUAUUGAAAUUAGUUUAAAGGAAAUGUUUUAACUAUGUCUCACAUUUUAAUCCAGGUACAAUUAGACAUAAAUCUGAUUAAUACCUUACACAUCAUACAUAUAUCAAAGAACCAAGGACAUAGGAUUUACUGUGUAUACUACAUUCCAUAGGCCCUUUUACAGUGUUUCAUUUCACAGACCAAAAUCUUAUCUAAGGAUGUUGAAAAUAUUUAAAAUAUUCUUGACUUGAACCUCUGGAUUAUGUAAUUAUGUACAUGAAUGCUAAUGUACUACCAUCCUAGACUUUUUUUUGCUAUUAGAAGGAUGUUGAAGGUGCACAAUGUACAGUCUGUUGAAGUGAAAGCUGCUGAAGGGAUUUGAAGCCACUUACUUUGAGGACAGCAGCAACAGAAAACAUUUUCACCUUGAUACUUCACCCAGAUCUGCCAUGCUGUGUUAUUUAUUGAUUGCUGUAGCUGUGAGAUUUUUCGAUGCUGCUAACUGGUUGGUUGGGUACGGCAUUUCAUACCCUCUACCGCUCUAAUGUAUGGAACAUCAAGCACUUGGCUAUUGUUUGUAGGAAUGUUAUUAUUCUCUUGUAUAUUUAAUAAAAUAUCAAAGUCAAGUAA